AUGGCUGCGAAUCUAAGGAACAAUGCGUUCUUGUCUUCUCUCAUGUUUCUUCUCUUAAUUGGUUCCUCAUACGCAAUCGCAAGUUCAGAGAUGAGCAGAAUCUGUGACCAAACCGUAAACCCAUCUUACUGUCUUAAAUUCCUCAACCCCAAAUUCGCAUCUCCUAACCUCCAAGCCUUGGCCAAAACCACACUUGAUGCUACACAAUCAAGAGCAAAAGCAACGUUUAAGAGACUCAACGCUAUUAUCGAUGGAGGAGUCGACCCUCGAUCCAAGCUAGCGUACAGAUCAUGCGUAGAUGCAUACGAAAUGGCCAUUGGAAACAUAGAGGAAGCUUAUGAGCAUUUGGCUUCAGGAGAUGGCAUGGGGAUGAACAUAAAAGUGUCAGCUGCAUUGGAUGGAGCUGAUGCAUGUUUGGAUGAUGUCAAGAGAUUGAGAUCAGUAGAUGCUUCGGUUGUGAAUAACAGUAAAGGAAUUAAGAACCUUUGUGGUAUUGCUCUUGUUAUCGCUAACAUGUUACCGCGUGGAGCUUAA